AUGAACCAGGUGGUUGCCUUCUUAGCGAUACUCAUGGGAACCCACACCCUCAGUUUUCGGCUUCAGAAGGACUGCAUUCACUGGCCCAGAUGCUUUCCCUACAAAGAACAGGACUCCACUGGAGAGCUGAACACUGUGCUCACACCUCCUCCAGAGAUUGAUAGCCACCACCCGGCAUCCUGCAGGGCCAGUGCAGACGGACCCCUCAACAGCAGGUCCAUCUCUCCCUGGCGAUACGUGUUGGACAGGGACAUGGACCGUCUCCCUCAGGACCUGUAUCACGCCCGUUGCCUAUGUCCACACUGCGUCAGCUUACGGACGGGCUCCCACAUGGACCCCCUAGGCAACUCGGAGCUCCUCUACCACAACCAGACCGUCUUCUACCGCCGGCGGUGCCCUGGGGAGCAGGGUGCCCGUGAUGGCUACUGCCUGGAGCGCAGGCUCUACCGCGUCUCCUUUGCGUGCGUGUGUGUGCGGCCCCGUGUGAUGGCCUAG